AUGGCCCGUAGGGUUGGACAACGAGUUGUGUUACCUGCAAGUUUCAUUGGAGGUCCACGUGACAUGCGACAAAGAUUUCUAGAUGCCAUGGAUUUAGUUCAAGAUGAUGGGAGGCCAGAUAUAUUCCUUACAAUGACAUGCAACCCAAAAUGGAAAGAAAUCGAUGAUGAGUUAUUGCCUGGACAGUCAACUCAAGAUCGACUGGACCUUGUUGCAAGAGUUUUUCAUGCUAAGUUAGAGUAUCUCAAGGUACAGUUAUUCCAAAGGCAUAUAAUCGGUGUGGUGGGGUCAUAUGUGUAUGUGAUGGAGUUUAAAAAGCGUGGAUUGCCACAUGCAUAUUUACUCCUAAUAAUGACAUCUGGAUAUAAGAUGAAUAAUCCAGACGAUUAUGACAGACUGGUAUGUGCCGAAAUUCCUGACCCAAUAAGGUUUCCUAAAAUGCAUGAUCUUAUCAAAAGUCACAUGAUGCACGGUCCUUGUGGUAGCUUACGAGAAAAAAGUCCAUGUAUGCAUGGUGUGCCAAAAAAAUGUUGUUUCAGAUAUCCUAGGCAAUUCAAUGAAAAGACAUCACAAGGAGAGGACUCAUAUCCAUUAUAUCGAAGGACAAAUAAUGGAAUUGAGGUGACUGUAAGAAAUACAAAAUUGGAUAAUAGAUGGGUGGCUCCAUACAACCCAAAGUUGUUAAUGAUGUUCAAUUAUCAUAUCAACGUUGAGGUUUGUUCGAGUAUAAACUCUGUGAAGUACCUCUUCAAAUAUGUUUAUAAGGGCCAUGAAAAACAAGUUAUCCAUAUUGAUAAAGACCAAGAAAAUGUUGUUAUUAAUGAGAUACGAAAGUUUCAAGACGCACGUUGUGUAUCCCCUCCUGAGGAAUUAUGGCGAGUUUUUAGCUUUCCUCUUUCACAAAUCUCCCCUUGUGUGAUGGCCUUGCAAAUACAUCUCCCGAAUCAACAGUUGGUUAGGUUCAAAGACGGUGACAGAAUGGAAGACAUUGUUGAUAGAGAGAAAGAAAAAAAAUUCAAUGUUGACGGCAUUUUUCAAGAAGAAUAA